AUGGGAUUCGAGUCCGGUGACGCCGCCAAGGGUGCCAACCUCUUCAAGACCCGCUGCGCGCAGUGCCACACCGUCGAGUCCGGAGGUGCCAACAAGGUCGGCCCUAACCUCCACGGUCUCUUCGGCCGCCAGUCCGGCUCGGUCGAGUCGUUCUCCUACACCGAGGCGAACAAGAAGGCCGCCGUCCACUGGGACGAGAACACUCUGUUCGACUACCUCGAGAACCCGAAGAAGUACAUCCCCGGCACCAAGAUGGCCUUUGCCGGUCUCAAGAAGGCAAAGGACCGCAACGACCUCAUCACUUGGCUCAAGGAGUCGACUGCCUAA